CAAGGACGGAGGACAAACGUGAGAUGCAGUUUAUGAGGUGGGAUGGCUAGUGUUAUGCCUGGCUCUGACCUUAUGCCGCCAGGGGAAUGCUGCGGACAGAAGGCGAAAGCAUUCAGCUGGCACUUACAUGACAUAUAAGUGCAGGCUGUGUAAUGCUGCAAGCAUCGCUUCGGAUUCCUGCUGACAUGUGAUCGGUUUUAAAUCGUGUCCCCGCCGCUCCCGUUUCCUGUCACCCCCUCGCCGGUCAGUGAAGUGUUUUGCAUUGGCAAAUGCAACAGCGUGUGUGAGGAUCUCCAAGUCUUCUGCUUCUGAUUUAUUGCCGCGAGUCCCAAAUUGAUUGAGGCUGCGGGUGGGGCGUUGGGUUGGACAGGAUAGGAUGUGGGCGCAUUGCAAAAUUCGAAUGGAUCUAAACCUUGAACCCAGUCAGCAAAGGUGAUAUAUCUUGUCCGUUACACACCAACACGUGCUGCCAAGACCUUGGAGAAGCAUCCAUAUUCCAUCAGCACCCAACUCAGUGGAGGGACUCCCACCCCCAUCCUGCCUUCCGCGGCCAGCAUCCAGCUUGCUCAGCUCCAAGCCCAGCUCACCCUUCAGCGCUUGAAGUUUGCUCAGUCAGCAGUGAACAGCAACACGGCAGCCGCCAGUGUCCUGAGUCAGGUGCUCACCAAGGUCGCCAUGUCCCAACCUCUGUUCAACACAUUGAUCAGCGCCACUUCGGGGGCAGGCCGCGGCUUGCAUGUCAGGCCCGGGUAUGCCGCCGGGUGGCUUGGCUUAUCCUCCACAAACGCCGGGCUUGCCCCCUCUGCUGGCCGGAGGUAUUGGCCACGGCGGGAGCCUACAGGCCCAGAACCCCAACUCCCACAGAAUGAACCCUUUUGUGGGCAUGACUUCGCAAUUGCCUGCCCACACAGCCGCCCAAGUUAUGAAUCUGAACAAGCCUACCUCGUCACAACCUCCCGCUGGCUUCUCCGAAUAUCCGGCAGAUUUCUCCUGCAAGACCAGCGUCACCGGCAACCACACCUACAUGCAUGAUGAGGUUCUGAAUACCCAUGGCUUUCAUCCAUUUGGAUUCAGGGGAGACAUGUCUAACAUCCUUCCUGUUAACCCCGGCACAAUUAAAGGUCAGCAGCUUUUGAACCAGCCUCAUCCCGGAUUCCAGCUGGAUUUUCAGAAUUGCCAGACAUCCAGAAUGCAGGCACUGGGUUAUCCAGGAGAAAUGAGUGCCGGUGGCAUCCCGCAGAAACCAGAGAGAUUUCAGCAGGUCCACCCGGCUGCCAAUGCACAGAACCAGGGCACAUGGGCAGCCGAUCAGUGGCAAAAUACCCCUCAGCUCCUACACCCGACAAGACCCGAAUAUGGGGCUCAGGCCCACGAUGUGUGGUCCUCAAAGAACCAACAGCUGCAGAUGAGGAAUGAGCUCUACAACCCCGAGGAGCCGACUUCCGAAGUGAAGUCCAUGGUCGGGCGGCCCCCUCACAUCAACAGAGCCAACAACUGUAACCAGAACUUCUCCGGACCGCAGUUCAGUCCCCUUGGCCCCUUUCAUCCCCACCUGCCAGAGAGACAAAUGCAGCCCCGGGAACUCAACGAUUUCCAUGGUUUGGUGCCGUCUCAGCUGCCUCACAUUUGCUCAAUAUGUGACAAGAAAGUCUUUAACCUCAAGGAUUGGGAACAUCAUGUGAAUGGAAAACAUCACAUCCAGAACUGCACCGCCUUCUCUGAAAAGUAAGCAUGGCUCCUGUGUGCCAAACUGGUUAUGUCAUUCUUUCUGGAUGAUCCUGGAUAAAACACUGAACUAUUCUUCAGAUCACAA